CUUAUCAGUUAUCACAGUGGUCGAGUCGUUAGUGGUUUGUAGUUUAAUAAAAUUAAAAAAUUUAUAACUAUUAUUCCUAAUUUUCUACGCGUACUUUUAUGUUACAAGAUACAAGACGUUUAGAACUACUAAAAGCCAACUAUUAGACUUUAGUAUCUUCGACCUAGUACUUACUACAUAGAAAAUAUAGAUUAUUUUUGAACGCUCUCAAUACAAUUUAACUACAUUACUACUCCUAAUAUAAAUAUGGCCACAAAUUUAGUUGUAUUAGGUGAAAAUGCUGCUAGAAUUAACGUAAAAGUCAAUCCGAAUAUGACUGUACUUAAAGUAAUAGAAUUAGCCUGCACAAAAAUGAAAGCAAACAGCAAUGAUUUUGAUUUAAAAUAUCACAACAAAAUAUUAGAUACAACAAGUCUAAUCAGGUUUACAAAUAUUGCCAAUAAUGCCUUAUUAGAAUUAGUACCUGCUAAAAGAUCUAGGGAAAAUAGCUCAGUUGGUGUAUGGUUACAAAUAGAAGAUGGAACUAGAUUGUCUGGCGAAUUUCCAUCUAGCCAAAAUCUAUGGGAAAUCAUACAGACAUUAUUGAAGGACAAAUUUUCUAGUUACAAAAGUCCAGCUAUAAUUUAUACAAGAAUGGAAAUAAUUGGUAAAGAACAAUUACAGCAAAAAACAUUAAAAGACAUUGGUCUUGUUGGUGGCAAAGCCUUGUUAAGAUUACUUAACAAAAAAGAAUCUGAAGACCAAGCUCAUGUAUACGUACCUGCAGCAAGAAAACCAAAACUUGAAGAAGCUCCCAGAGUUUUAAGUCAUAAAGAGACAAAAACAAAUGCAUCACCAAGUGUCAAAUCUGCAAAUGUUACGACUACAAGUCCACAAGAGACCAUGGAUAUUGAACCAACUACUGAUGAGACAGUUGAAAAAUCUGAGCUUAUAAAUAUGUCAUCAAAUCAAAAAAAUCUUGAUAAUGACCCUAAAGCAAAAGACAGCAAUAAAAAGCCUACUCUUAGUGAUGAAGAUCUCAAUAAUUUCAAGAAGUCUAUAUCUUAUUUAGAUGAACGUGACACAUUGUUAUUUGAUAUUAUGGAUGGUACUUCAGUGUUAUAUCAAGAUGAAGGUGAUGAUUUCUUUCAACCAACUAUAAAAGAUGUUACUCUUGUACUAAGAGAUUUGAAAAAUUCACGGGCUCAAUUAGAAGAUGGUCAACUGUGUACAAGUGCAAUGCGGGAGUUAGAAAAAACUCAAAUUCAAUUAAAUUUAUUGCAUAAAUACAAAAAGUGCAUUAUUAGAAUACAUUUUCCUAACAGAUUAGUGUUGCAAACCAUAUUCAAAUCAACUGAAACUGUUUUAGAUAUAAUAAAUUUUAUUCGAAAAUAUCUCAUUGAUGAGUCUUUAGAAUUUUGUUUAUUUACAACACCUCCUAAGACUAUUUUGAAACCUGAAGAAACUUUAUUGGAAUGCGGAUGUGUACCAUCGGCAAUGAUUCAUUUUUCUUGUAAUAUGGAAACUGAUCAAUUAAAACCAGAGCUCAAACAAAAAAUUGUAUCUGGGUGUCAAGCUUCAAUAGCUGCUUAUCUUGUGAGAAAAGAAAGAAUUCCAAAUACUUCAAAUAAUGAUAUUUUAUAUAAUGAAGAGCCGGGAACAAGUAAACAAUCGGAAAAUCAAAAUACUAAAACAGCUGUUUUUAUUAAACCAAAUAAAACCACAGUAAGUAGUGGGAAGACACCUAAAUGGUUUAAGCCAGUAUAAGGUUAAAGUAAAAUCAUAAACUACAAAUUGUAUUUAAAUUAAUUAAUUAUCAUUUAUUGGUGUAUAAUUAUUAAUUUUUGUAUGGCGUUUAUAUUUUUUUUAAUAAAAUUAAUUUAACAACCAUUUUAUUUUAAAAUCUUUG